CAAAUUCGUUGUAGUUCCAGUAUUGUUAAGGGCUCUAACCGUUGCGGACGGUGUUGUGAGAGCACAGUACCGGCCUGAGGAUGGUGCAAGUGAGAGUGAGUGAGGGUCUGCUGGAGGGAGAUCGAGUGGACAACCCAUACGGAGGUUCCUACUACAGCUUCAAGGGUAUACCGUACGCGCAGCCGCCAGUCGGGGAUCUGCGGUUCAAGGCUCCUCAACCACCCCUGCCAUGGGAAGGUAUCCGGAGUGCGAAGGAAUUCGGUUCAAUAUGCUACCAAAAAGACUUCGAAUCACAAACCAAGACCACAGGAAGCGAAGACUGUUUGUUUCUCAACGUUUAUACUCCAGAAUUGAAACCCCAAAAUCCUUUACCCGUAAUGUUCUUCAUCCAUGGUGGAGGAUUUUACUCCGGCAGCGGCAACGAUGACAUGUAUGGCCCAGAGUUCCUCGUCCGACAAGGAGUCAUCCUAGUUACAAUCAACUACAGACUUGAAGUACUGGGUUUUCUUUGUCUAGACACGGAAGAUGUCCCUGGCAACGCAGGUAUGAAAGAUCAAGUUGCAGCAUUGAAAUGGAUUAAUAAAAAUAUUUCAAACUUCGGUGGUAACCCCAACAAUAUCACUAUCUUUGGUGAGAGUGCCGGCGGUGCCAGUGUCGGCUACCAUUUAGUUUCGCCGAUGACCAAAGGCCUUUUUCAAAGAGCGAUUUGUCAGAGUGGAAUCCCAACUUGCUGGUGGGCUAAAGUUUAUGAACCUCGAUUGAGAGCACUCGCAUUAGCACGACAAUUAGGAUAUAAUGUGGAAAAAGAUAGUGAAGACCUCUAUGAAUUUUUCAAAUCUCAGCCAGCUGAGAAACUCGCCGGAUUAAAACUACCAUUAUCUUACUCAGAACAUCAUCGAGCUAGCUUCGAAUUAUAUUUUGGCAUAGUAAGCGAAAAACAAUUUGGCGAUAAAAAAGGUUUCUUCCAUGGUAAUAUAUCUGACUACUUAGAAAAUGGAAUCCAUGAAGGUGUGCAAGUUAUUACUGGUUAUACUGCAGAUGAUGGUGUCUUACUACACGUAUUUGACAAAGAUGCAAAAAUGUUAGAACAAGCCAAUGAAUUAGAUACCUUCUUCUCUCCGAAACAAAUUGUAUUGAAUUGUUCUUUAAAAAAACAAAUUGAGGCCGGACAUAAGAUUAAAAAUUUUUACAUGUGUAACGAAGGUAUAGGCGAAGACUGGGAAAGACUGAGUCGCUUUCAAACCGCUGAAAUGUUUUUAUAUGGAAUUAUAAAAUGGAUGAAAGUUUGCUCACAAAAAAAUAAAACUUAUCUUUAUAAAUUCACUUGUAAGAGUGAAAGAAACGCUGCAGUCCGCUUGAUGGGACUAGAGACGGUGACCAAAGGCAAAGAGGUAGCUUGUCACUUGGAUGAUUUAUUUUAUAUUUUCAACAGCAAAGCAUUAGAUACAAAAGUCGAUAUGGCUUCGAAAGCGUUUAAAAUGAUUGACAAUGUGACAAAAUUGUGGACAAAUUUUGCAAAAUAUGGAGAUCCGACGCCCGACGAAAGUCUUGGUGUAAAAUGGAACCCUUACACAGUGGAUAAAGAAAAUUAUUUGGACAUCGGCAAUGACCUCCAAACUGGAUCUGCACCGGACCGUGAUGAAUUUCUGUUUUGGGAGAAUAUCUUUAAAGAAUUUAUUCCUGAAUAUGUCGAUAGAGUUUAUUGAUACUCUUGUUCAUAAUUAUAUGAUAUACUACAAUGAUCUAUACAUAUACUUAACAAAAUUGUAGAAAUGUAAAUUCUGUACAUUAAUAGUAGGGUGUGUUACUACAUAGAUAUCAAACCCAAAAAUCUUAUUAAAAUACUGUUUGUCUGUC